CUGAGUGGGGAUUAUAAAAGCCGAGGAGGUGGGAGCAGGAGUCAGAGAUCAGCAGAGGAGCCGAACCUUCAGCAUGCCUCUGCAGUGUUUCGCUCUCAUUUUAAUUGUUGUCACCUUUGCGGCUGCUCAAUGGCAACAAGAUCUGAGCCGGCGAUCGGUGUCAGAACACCAGCUGAUGCACGAUCAAGGCCAAAGCAUCCAGACUCUGAAAAGACUGAUCUGGCUCUCCAGCGCCAUCCAGGCUCUCCACAACGUCCAGCCCCGUAUGGCCGGAGCCAGAUCCCCCAAGGCCUUCCAGCUGGACCUGGCUACAGCACAGGGCCCCAGAGACCCUCCACCGACCCGGCUCAGGAGUGCACUCGGAGCCCUUUUUGAUCCCUGUCUCACAGAUUUACAACCGUAACAUCGAUAUUUUAAAACAACCAUCAUGAUACUUAGACAACUGUUUGAAUCUCUUUCUCUC